CGGGCCGCCAAUUGGACAGAGAUACGUUGCGGAUGGCAGAGACGCUGAGGCGGGUGCUAGAACCGGGCAGGACGGCCGAGCCCGGGGAGGAGAAUGCAGUCGAGGCUGACCCGCCUUUGCUGCUGCUCGGCGGUCCAAGCUCUGGAAAAACAGCGCUGCUCUUCGCGGCGGCCCUGGAGGCGGCAGGGGACGGCCGAGGCCCCGUCCUCUUCCUGACCCGGAGGCCUCUGCAAAGCUUGCCCAACAGGACACCGGCAGCCCUGGACCCCCUGCGACUACAGAAGAUCCGUUUCCAGUACCCACCCUCAACGGGUGAGCUCCUCCGGUUCCUGUGCUCUGCCCAUGAGACCCAGGGGCCUGCUCCCGCCCUUCUGCUGCUUGAUGGCCUGGAGGAGUACUUAGCUGAAGAUCUGGGGCCCCAGGAAGCCGCCUACCUGGCUGCCCUGCUUCUGGACACAGCUGCCCACUUCAGCCACCGGAUUGGGCCUAGCCGAGGCUGCGGGCUCAUUGUGGCCCUCCAGACCCCGGAGGAGGGAGACAGCGGGGAUGCCCUGCAGCUGUCGCUGCUCCAGAGGUAUUUCCCUGCCCAGUGCUGGCUGCAGUUGGAUGCACCAGGCCCAGGACAGCGCUGCCUCAGAGCCUGCCUGGAGCCAGGUGGGCUGGGCCCCAGGGCAGAGUGGUGGGUGGCUUUCCAACCAGAUGGAGAGAUGACAGUCACCCCAUGGCCUACCCAGGCUUGUGACCCUAGCCCAAACAAGGGUUCAAGUUCUGGAGGCCAGCCUUGAGCUUUGGUAUGUGACCACCUCUCUAUACCUCAGUUUCCUGUGGCUGGAAUACUUACCUCAGGGACAUGUGCAGAUUCAAAGACCUAAAGAAUGUAAAGUGCCCUUUCUCUUUUAAAAAUAGCAUUAUCAUGUACAUAUUGUACCCUAUCAACAUAUUUUAGUUUUGCUGUAUUAAACUUUAUGAAGAGUUUCAUGAGAAAUGUAAA